AUGAGAUCGGGUCAUGAUAGUAGCAAUAUCAUAUCCCUCCGGUUUGAGGCAGAGGAGCUGGAACCCAACGACUCGUUCCAGCUGAACCGCAAACAACGUCGUAGCCUUGGCCACCUCAUAGUUACAACCCCAGAGACAGAGCGCCCGAUAACUCUGUUUUGCAAUGGUCUCACUGUUGUUGGAAGGGGGCGAAACACUGUCCUACAGGCAUUAAGGUCUGGACUGUUCGAACUCGUGCAAUCUGGUAAGGAAGAUGAAGGUGUUAUCAUGCUGCCAUCUUUCACGUCACCUAAGAAAGGCCAGUACAGCAUACCCCCGACGGCAUUUCCACAGUAUCGGGAAGUGUCGAUUGGUGUGUCAACUGAAACAACACAUGUUGUGUGGAAAGACAUCUUACAGCCCGGGCGUACAUACGGUUUACGGUUGUCUGAGAAAGCUGGCGAAGUGAUCGCAUGUUAUACGGAUGAGUUCGAUGGCAAUCCUGAAAGCCUCACCUCAGCGCAGAAGCUGCCCGUUCAUCGUGAGCGAGCCGGCACAUACUACUUCACCGUCCACGACGACCAAGCGCCACCCAAACUUUUCGCCAGGCUGGAGAUGCCCAGCAAAGCUCAUCUCAAUGGUCCAGAUCCCUUCACCUUCGUCAUCGAAUACACGACCGACAGUCCCGAGCCCUUCGUGUUCGAUAAAUCACGCUCCCCACUCUCGGUCACCAACUUCUGCUCCGGAGACCUGCAUUGUAUCGACCAACUAAUCGAUUGUCGAGAUGAUGAUACCGGAGAGAAGGUCGAAUGGGGUGCCGUCUUCGUCUGCUACGAUUACGAUCCCCACCCAGUGUUCCCGGACGAUGGUGACUUUGUCGAGAUCUCAAUGAACAGACCGUGGCGAUUUGAAUGUACUUUGGAAAGAUUGGGCAACGAGAAAGAAUAUAUUCGCAGUAUGGAAGGGCUGAAGGCUGGUCGCACGUAUAAGGCUCGAGUUAGUGGGCCUUCGGGCUUUAGACGGUGGCAGUACGGAAAGAAAGAGGACUUGCUGGCUGGCACGCGAGAAGAAAAGAUGGAGAGGUGGGAGGUGGAUAUGGAGAAGUUGGGGUGUUUGGACGUCGAAAGGAUCGAGGAGGACGUAUAUUUCAAGACUAUUGCAUGA